CGGCCAGGCAGCGCGCCGGGCACCUUCGGCAGGCAGCCAUGGCGGCGGCGCUGGAGGUGCGGGGGGCGACCCGGCGCCUGUUCGCGGCGCUGCGGCGCCGGAGCCCGAGCCUGAGCCUCGCGGCCAUGUCAGCAGAUGCUCACAGGUUGACAGCAGAGGAGAGGAACCAAGUGAUACUUGACCUGAAAGCAGCAGGAUGGUCAGAAUUAAGUGAGAGAAACGCCAUCCACAAGGAGUUCUCCUUCAAAAAUUUUAAUCAGGCAUUUGGCUUUAUGUCCCGAGUUGCCCUACAAGCAGAGAAGAUGAAUCAUCACCCGGAAUGGUUCAACGUGUACAACAAGGUUCAGAUAACUCUCACAUCGCACGACUGUGGUGGACUGACCAAAAGGGAUGUGAAGCUGGCCCAGUUUAUUGAAAAAGCAGCUGCUUCUAUGUGACUUCUCCCAAAAUGCAUGUAAAUCUAAUACACAUCUUAGCUGCAGUAUACUUCGAAGGCAAUUUACAUGAACAAAUUAAGUUGUAAAUUUAGUUUUCCUUUAUGCCACAUUUUGUAAAAUCAGUGCUUAAAUACAAAAUGAUUUAAACUUGA